CAAAACAAGCGCACCCAGCUACGGAGGGCGAGACAAUGCGGAAGUAGCUUUUCCAAACAUUGCAGCUCAGCUGUGGUAGUUUAGACUACUUCCAUGUGCUGACAUCAGAGAGAAAUAUUAACCUUUCACAUUUCUUAUAAUAAGGGUUUAGUUCAGAGGUCCGGACCAGGCUCGCUCCCCGCCGGACACAGCUGCUGAUCAGCCCCGAGGCUGGAACACAGCUCCAGAGUUUCCUUCACAAACCCGGUGCCCCAGGACGUUUUGUCUGUCUCACUGGGACAGGAGACGAUGGUGCAGGGGCCGCCAGCUGACAACAGUGGCUCCAGGUUCACUCCUCUGGUGGUGCUGGAGCUGGCUUCAGACACUAACCCAGAAGCUAUCGCAUGGUUACUGAGCCGGAUCAGAGACCAGCAGCAGAAUGGAGGUGCGGAGCUUCUGGUGGAGCAGCUGGGCCCGGGAGUGGACGCUCAGGAGAAGGAGAACCCCAACGUGUUUUUGGUAGGGGGUACGUGGCAGAGGCUGCUCUCCGGGGCUGAGGAUGUGGGCCUCUUCAAGGAGUUCAACGAUGGAUCCAUGAGAGGCUUCACCUGCGCCAACAAACAGGACUUCAAGGACUAUCAAGGGGACGGGGACUCCUUCCUCAGUAUGGCCGAGUGUCAGUACAUCAUUAAACACCUGCUGGACACAUUACGGGCCAGGCACGAGACUCAUAUUCCGGGACACUCUGAGGUCAAGCUCUACCCUGGGAAGUCCAUUAUCCGCAGACUGCAGUCCAAGGGGAUUCUGGUCCAGGUAUUUCCCCUGCACGAUAAGGAGGAACUUAAGCGUCUGUCUUUUUCCUGGUAUGGGAAGGUGAAGUUGUCCCUUCAGCCUCUGGACGACAUCAGACACUACUAUGGGGAGGGCCAGGCCCUGUACUUUGGCUUCCUAGAGUACUUCACCUUUGCCCUGGUGCCCAUGGCUCUCAUUGGGGUGCCUUACUAUCUGUUUGACUGGGAGGACUACGACAAAUAUGUGGUCUUUGCUGCAUUCAACUUGGUGUGGUGCACUGUGAUCCUGGAGCUUUGGAAGCGCUGCAGCGCCUCGCUGGCCUACCGCUGGGGCACGCUGAGCAGGAAGAAGGCCUUUGAAGAACCUCGGCCUGGUUUCCACGGCAUCCUCGGGUUCAACCCUGUGACGGGCCGCGAGGAGCCACUCUACCCCCACGCCAAGAGGCUGCUGCGGAUCUACCUGGUGUCACUGCCCUUUGUCUUGCUCUGUCUCUACCUGUCCCUCUACGUCAUGAUGAUCUAUUUCCAGAUGGAGGGAUGGGCGCUGUCCAUCCACGACCAGGAGCCCAGCUUCUGGACAGGAGUCCUGCUCUUCAUCCCCUCUAUAAUCUACGCCGUGGUCAUUGAGGUCAUGAACCUCAUCUACAGAUACGCUGCCGAGUUCCUGACAGAGUGGGAAAACCACCGGCUGGAGUCUUCAUAUCAGAACCACCUGGUCCUCAAAGUAUUAGUAUUUAACUUCUUUAACUGUUUCGCCUCGCUGUUCUACAUCGCCUUUGUCAUGCAGGACAUGGUGCUGCUCCGUCAGAGUCUGGCCACGCUGCUGAUCACCAGUCAGAUCCUGAACCAGCUCAUGGAGGCCUUCCUACCCUACUGGCUGCAGAGGAGACGCAACAAGAAGAUGAUGCGCAAAGUCCAGAAGAGAAGAACUCUGGAGGACAAAGAGCUCCCAUUGGCUGAGCAGGUCCGGCUGGAGGCCGACAUGAGCACGUACCUGGGUACGUUUGAUGACUACCUGGAGCUAUUCCUGCUCUUUGGCUACGUCAGCCUGUUCUCCUGCGUCUACCCUCUGGCCGCGGUGCUGGUGGUGCUGAACAACAUCACCGAGGUUUACUCGGAUGCGUUCAAGAUGUGUCGGGUUUUCAAGCGCCCCUUCUCUGACCCUGCAGCCAACAUCGGAGUCUGGCAGCUUGCCUUUGAGGCCAUGAGCGUGAUUGCUGUUGUGACCAACUGUUCGCUGAUAGGCAUGUCUCCACAAGUCAAGGCUUACUUCCCCGACUCUGAGUCCCAGCUCAUCCUGUGGACAGUGGCUAUUGAGCAUGCACUGUUGGCCUUUAAGUUCAUCCUGAGCUUCCUGAUCCCAGACGUUCCCAAACCCAUCCAGAUCAGUCUGGCCCGCCUGGAAUUUGAAUCUCUAGAGGCUCUCAAGAAAAAGAGACCACUGCGUGGAGGAAAAUGCUGGAAGCGUCGGAGCCCAGUGAGCCGGCUAAGUGAGGAGGAGAGGAGGCCGUACAGUCGCCACCUCACACAGCUUUAACGCGUGCGUGCGCGCGCGCACACACACACACACACACACACUAAUGUGUGGAUUCAGAAAAGCCACGGCUCUUAGCAGGGGUGCUGCUUAUCUGCAGUAUGUCACAGCAUCACACACAGCUGUUGGGGGGGGACAAGAACACAGAUACAUGAGGUUGAAAUCACAGAGGAAUGCUGUAUUAUGACAUAGACUACUGUAGCAAAUAUUGAUUUUAUAGCCAUGACUUUUCUUUUUGGGUUCAGUUGAAUCAGUACUGAUGGAAAUAUUAAAGUUUGUCCACCUGCAUGAUUAAUUGUGUGUGCGCGUGCGUGCGUGCUGACUGUCAUAAUUAAAGCUGUUUGUAAUAUAAUAAUACAUAUGUAUGCUCCUAUUGACUUCUGCACUCCAAGUAUGGAAGAAAACAGAGGCCACACACUGAAAUCUUAAUGCAACCAACAUGAUCAUAAACAUAUUUGACUCGAAAAAGCGUCCAUUUGCAUUCAUGUGGUCUUCAAAACCUCUAUUAUCUGAAGAGGUGAAACUUCCAAAGUAAAUGAAAAGCUAUAUGGUGAUAAAAACGUUGGGUCUGACUGGAUCGGAGCUCUGUGCUAUCAGCGUACUGACUGUCAGCGUUCUGGGAGUUCAACUCAAAUAAAACUAUUUAGCAAUGGAUGUAUUGGUAUUCAAUAUAAUAUAUGAUGGAAUCCCACAUACAGGCUUUCAGUUGCUGAGAGAUUGAAGUAAUGCGGCUUUCUGUUUGCUCACACAGACCAGAGAUCAGUUUCCUUGCCUGAGCAUGUAAUAUACAUAGUAAGAAUCCAGAGGAACUAAUCUUGACUUUGCACUCCUGUAACACCCCCGUGCCUUGAACGUCUCCGUAUGGUUUCUAAGCUCUUGUAUUUUCAUGAGCUGAUGUAUCAAACGGUUGUGGAGAAUAAAGACGAUUGAUCCCUC